AUCCUGCUACAUUUGUUAUCCUCCUGAACAAGUUACAUCAGAGCGUUUUCAACAAUUUUGGAAUUGGAUUACUGCUGAGUAUCCUGCCGUGACAUUUACCAGAUAUACUCAACAAUAUUUGGAAGAACUCAACUACACCUAUCUCUACAUUGGUACUGCUAACGCAGUAAACGACGCCUUACAUAAUCUCAUUUUCAGUAUUCGGUAUAAUAUUGGAUUUGACGAAUCCCCUGUUGUAGUUAGGCAAAAUAUAUACAACGCUUUCAUUUUAACAAGAGGAUUUGCUUUAGACCCACUAUUUGUAUUAUAUCAGAUAUCAGAAACAACUUCUUCUAUUAUUUACCGACGAAGAUUUAAACUUAGAAAAUCUAUUUGA